AUGCCCUGCGCAAAACGAAACAAGCUUGGUGCCACCAAGUUGGUGGAGCCGUGGAUGAACGCUACAUUCAUCCGUUCUAGAGCUCUCAUCGGUCCUCGUGUUGUUCAUUUUCACGCCAGCGCAUGCAAUUAUCGGCACGGAGGAUACGACGUAGUGUUUCUGGUUACCAGUAGAUGUCAGAGCUAUCGUGAGAACGAGGUUGUUUUGGCGCAUGCGUUAGUUUGUGACGGAAACUGCUCUUCAGCUGUAGAAGUUGGUUUCACUGUUCAAAAAAAGGCCAAGGCAACGAAGAGUCAUUUUGAAUCGGUAUUGCCAAGAAGGGAUGACAACAAACCUAUUUGCGUCUGCUGCAAAAUAGUGUUUUAUACGUUGUUCGUGUUUGACCUGUCCCCCUCGAAGUGCUUUACGGCGCCGGCGAGGCGAGCCGUGCGGCUGGAGGCGGCGCUGGCGGCGCGGGCGCGGGCGCGGGCGGCUGGAGCUCGCAAGCUGACGCCGGAACGAAAUUAUAUUUCUCAUAAUAUGACAGCGUCCAAAACCAAUUCAAAAGAAAGACUGUUUGAAGGAGGCAAGGCCACAUUUCCCACGCUCGACAUGAGUACAUGGUUAGCCUUAGCAUUCCACCACUCCCGUUUCCGUCAGUUCUCGAGUAGAGUGUUUCAACUGUUGAUAAAGUGUACUUUGAGAAAUGGGAUGUCUGAAAUUUGA